GGGUUGGAGAGGUGGUAGGUGUGCGUGGCUGGAGAUUCUGGCUUAGUCUGUGUUCUUUUCCUGGCUGUUUCUCUCCACCUGUCCUAGGAUGAAAGUGGUGGCUUUAAUCAGUGGUGGAAAAGACAGCACUUACAAUAUGAUGCAUUGUGUUGCUGCUGGUCAUCAGAUUGUUGCCUUAGCCAAUUUAAGGCCUAAUGAAGACAAAGAAGGAUUCGAUGAACUGGACAGUUACAUGUAUCAAACAGUGGGCCAUCAAGCUAUAGAAUUAUAUGCUGAAGCAAUGGGCUUGCCUCUCUACCGUCACACGAUUAAGGGUACCAGUGUUAACACAGGUAGCAUCUAUACAAAAUGUGAGGGUGAUGAGGUGGAAGAUCUUUAUCAGCUUCUGAAACUUGUCAAGGAUAAAGAAGAGGUGGAAGCUGUUUCAGUAGGGGCCAUUCUGUCAGAUUAUCAACGAGUCCGUGUGGAAAAUGUUUGUAAAAGGCUUGCUAUGCAGCCUUUAGCAUACCUGUGGCGCCAAAAUCAAGACACAUUGCUGAGAGAAAUUAUAUCCUUGAAAGUUCAAGCUAUAAUAAUAAAAGUAGCAGCUAUCGGUUUAGAUCCAGAUAAACAUCUAGGAAAAACAUUGGAUGAAAUGGAACCUUAUCUUUUGAAACUUUUUCAGAAGUAUGGAGUCCAUGUCUGUGGAGAAGGGGGAGAAUAUGAAACAUUCACAUUGGAUUGUCCUCUAUUUAAGAAGAAAAUUGUUGUGGACUCCUCAGAAGUGGUUGUACAUUCAGCAGAUGCAUUUGCCCCUGUGGCUUAUCUCCGCCUGUUAAAGUUGCAUUUGGAAGAUAAGGUACAGUUUGGGGGCAAAAUUCUGCCUGGGAAAUGUUCAUGUGACACAAAAGAAAUUGAAGACCAUGCCUGUCCACCUUCACAUGAGAGAAAGGAAACCCCUUGCAUUACAUGGCAGUUUUUAAGACCAAAUUUUGCACAAGAAAGUAAAGCUCUUAAAUUUUCUGGGAAGUCUCUGAAGGGUUACCAGUGGAUAACAGGCAUCAGCGUAUACAUUCAUUCAUCGGAAGGAAAAAGCAUACAAGAAUUGGCAAACAAUAUCCUUUCCUCACUCCAAGCUCAUAUGAAUUUAAAAGGAUUGGCAUUGACAGAUAUUAUUUUGGUCCAUCUGUAUAUGAAGAAUAUGGCCGAUUUUGCUGUGAUAAAUUCAGUCUAUAUGACGGCAUUUGAUUUGUGUUCUCCAGCGAGGGUUUGUGUUGAAGCUCCAUUGACAGAAGACCUGCUAUUUCAGAUGGACUGCCUUGCCCAAAAGGAUGAUAAAAUGAUCUCCGGUGCAUCUUGUUCCCAGAAGCAGGUGAUGCAUGUACAAAGCAUUUCUCAUUGGGCUCCUGCCAAUAUCGGUCCUUACAGUCAGUGCAUACAGGUUGAAGAUACUCUGUAUUGUUCUGGACAAAUUGCAUUAGUGCCCUGCACUAUGCAGCUUGCAAGUGGUGGCAUCAAAAAAGAAGCUCUGAUGUCUUUAAAUCAUGUUGAAAGAGUCCUGAAAGCCAUGAAUUUGAAGGCUGAACUCCAUCACGUACUCAUGGCGAAUUGUUACAUAACAGACAGCAAGUACAUUUCUGUUGCAGAAGCUGUAUGGCAGAGGAAAUUAAAAGAACUUACAAAGACAAAAGAGGAAGACAUAAAUAAUGACAUGCCUGCAAUACAUGGAGAACUAGUUGUGGUUGUGGUACCUUUUCUUCCAAGAGCUGCUUCUAUUGAGUGGCAUGUCAUUGCAGUUGUAGACCAACAACAACAGAGGCAAAAACUUACACAGAUGAGGUCACUGGAAAGCUGCCAAAUUAGAUGUGAGGCUGUGCAAUCCUAUCCAACAUGUGCUACUGCUGUUACCAUAUCUUUAACUCUGACUUCAUCAUCAGCUUCUACAGUCAAUUUAGAUGUAGUCCUGCAUGGUAUGGUGGAAAUGUUUAAACAAGUUGUAGAGAAGAUGUCAAAAUAUGGUGACAUAACUCCAUUAAGUUUUAGAACAUUCUUCCGAACAAAUAUUAUCGAAAGGGAACCACUGAAAACAGAUGGACUAAAACAAUGUGAUUUAUAUGAGGCCGCCUGUGAAGACCAUCAGGAAGUUACAAUUAGCAAAUCACAGAGCGCUGGACACACCUCCGUUUGCAAAUGUUAUCCUGUUGCUGGAUGAACUUCACUGGUUCCAUUUUCAUUUCUGAGUUCAAUUCAAGAUACUGGUUGACAUCUUUUAAAUCCUAUAAGGAAAGAUUCAAGUCACGCUUCUGACUUGGCCAGCACAUAAGAUUAAAAGAUCAAAACCGAAACAAUUAAAAUUAUUAAAAACAAAUCCUUUAGAAAUGCAAUUAAACCACUUAAAACUAUAAUAAUACACACAAAUUGCAGAGUGCAUUCUGAGCUUACAAACAAUAAAAUAAUUUAACAGACUCCACACUUCCAUGGGUCCCCAGGCCUGAUGUCAAAAGCAGGAUUUAAAGGCCUUCUGGAAUGCCAGGUUGGGCCAAUCUCAUUUUGAAGGAAUAAUGUUUCAUAGGGUGGGUACCAUAGCAAAAGAGACUCACCUUUUGGGUACCACCGAAUAGAACUCUUUGUCUGAAAAUAUCCCACUCCUGAACAGGUAGAUUUAAACUGGGAGAAACAGUCACUCAGA